UUGUGUUCGAUUUUUGUAAAAAUUUUUAUUUUUUACAAAAAAAAAAUUUAAUUUGAUUUUUUAAAAUUGUUGUAAAUAAUAACAAUUAUAAUGGAAGUAAAUGAUAUGUUUUAUAAUCAAAUGGAUUAUAUUGAAACAGCAUCCGGUAAUAAAGUUUGUAGAAAAUCUGUAUUAUGUGGACCACAAAGUAUUAUGAUACUUGGAAAGACAAUCGUACAAGAAGGAUGUAUAAUACGUGGUGAUUUAGCUUCGGUUAGAGUUGGCCGAUACUGUGUAAUAAGUAAAAAUGCUGUUAUACGACCACCAUUUAAAAAAUUUACCAAAGGUGUUGCAUUCAAUCCAAUGACAAUUGGUGAACAUGUUUAUAUUGGUGAAGAUACAAUUGUUAAUGCAGCUGAAAUUGGUUCAUAUGUUUAUAUUGGAAAUAAUUGUGUAAUCGGACGAUAUUGUAAAUUAAAAGAUGGUUGUUAUAUUGCUGAUAAUUCGGUUAUACCGCAUGGUAUAAAUGUACCUGCAUUCGGUAUUUAUAGUGGAUCACCUGCAACAUAUAAUGGCCUUAUAUUUGAAUCAAUGCCUGAUGUUAUGAUUGAUUUUACUAAAUCUUAUUAUCAUAAAUUUCGUCCACAACCAUCAUCAUAAUCAAAAAAAUUUUUCAUCAAUUAUUAUUUAUU